AUGUCGCCCUUCUCGAUGGAGUUGGGGCAACAGCUGCAGGGAAUGGUUGAGAUCGGCGCGAGUGAAGUUGACACGCUGGACAAGUUGAAAGAUCAAAUUCUGCGGAUGGACAGGUACAAUCGCCGUGAUCGUGAACUGGGUGUAGGCGGUCCAGCCGCAGCUCAGAAUCAGACCCCACACCAGGCUCCGAAGCAGAAGCCGCAGCAGCUGCCACAUCAGCAGAAGAACGCUGGGGGCAAUGGCGGGACCAAGUUCGUGAGCCCCGAGCGAGCUGUGGCCGUCGCAGCGAAGAAGCUGGACAAGCAGCAAGGCAACUGCUACAACUGUCACAGACCAGACCACUUGGAAAAGGACUGUCUUAAGAAGACAAUUCAGCCCGCGAGCAGUACAGGAAAGAAGCAAGCUACCUACACGAACCGGGUGCGCAAGGGGCGUGCUAAGCCGGACGUUCAGUCGUCCAGUGACAGUGAGGCUGCCGAUGAUGUGCAAUCUGGAAGUGAUCACACGGCAACUUGCGACGACACCCUAGGCAAGCCGUGCGCUGAGGAUUUUCUCGUCAACGCCUGCGCUGACGCCAUCUCUGAUGACUAUUCUGUAUGGGAGUGGUGCUUCGAUAAUGCGGCCAACGUGCACAUGGCUUCAGACCGGCGAUAUUUUACUGACUACGAGCCGUUUGGCCAGGACACGGAGUGCGUGAGAGGCUUCAAGAAGAAGUUCGCUGCAGCUCCGAUCGGCCAUGGGACUGUGCAAGUGGUGGUGAAGAAAGGUGACUUGGACGUGGUGCUCACGCUUCAAGAUGCUCUUCACGUGCCUAACAGUAAGAACUUACUGUCGCACUCUCAAGCCGAAGACCAAGUGAGGCGAGGCGGGUGA